ACCCAACUCGGGUGUGCCAGUUGAUUCCAAUUCUCAUUCUGUCGAUUGUUAGAUUUUUCCACUAACAAUGGCGACAGCUACGUAUCCGCCACCACCACCGUAUUACAGGCUCUACAAAGAUUACUCCCAGAAUCCGAAAUCGGCACCGGAGCCUCCUCCGCCGAUCGAAGGGACCUACGUCUGCUUUGGUAGCAACUACACUACCGAUGACGUGCUUCCAAGCUUGGAAGAGCAAGGAGUGCGCCAGCUUUACCCUAGAGGACCAAAUGUUGAUUUUAAGAAGGAAUUGAGAUUUCUCAAUAGGGAGCUUCAGCUUCACAUCCUGGAGCUCGCCGAUAUUCUUGUUGAGAGGCCAUCGCAAUACGCAAGGAGGGUAGAAGAAAUAUCCCUAAUAUUCAAAAACUUACACCACCUGCUUAAUUCAUUGCGUCCGCAUCAGGCUAGAGCUACACUCAUUCAUAUACUAGAACUUCAGAUAGAGCGUCGGAGACAAGCUGUCGAGGAUAUAAAAAGGAGGAGAGAAGAGGCACAAAGAUUACUCAUGGAGUCCCUUGAAACUUUGGAUGGACACUAGUCUUGUCCAUGCUGAAUACGUUUUGCAUUCAAGAUCUUUAUAUCCAUAGUGCAGCCUCGAAUGCAUCGGUUCGGUCAGUUGUAAUGCUUGGCUUCUACAUCGACCAUGCACGUAGGCUACGAAUAUUUGUCAAUUUGUUCAAGAUCUUGAAGGGGGACACCCUUUCCUGCUGUGAAUACUUUAGCAGAUUUGUUAAUGUGUAGAUUGAUGGAACUACUUUUUAAACUUUAAUUCACGGGUUCGGUAUAGUGACUGCGAACUUACUUGAAUUAGGUCGAGGUUGUACAACCGUGUCCUUGAAUUCUAAGGUUAUGCAUAGUGUGAGUAUGAGAUUGAAAGAGAUUAAUGCUAUUGCUUCUCUGGCCUCUAAAA